AUGUUAGUGUGUUUUCAUUAUUUGUCCUCAGAUUCUGAACUGUUUGUGCUGCGUGGAAGGAACCUACAUCUGGAUGUAAAGAAACCUGUUAAACUAACAGACGAAACUUAUUUUGUAUGGAAAUUUAAUGACAGUAGAGUAGUUAGAUUUACUCAUAACAAACAAACAACAAUUUUUCCCUCAUAUAAAGAAAACGUUGACUUUAGUGAAGGAAAUUACUCUCUGCAACUAAAAAAUCUACAACACAGCAACAGUGGAAGUUAUAAGGCAGUAGUGAUAGGGGAGAAAAGCGUAAUAGUAGCUGAAUACAGAGUCACAAUCCAAGAUGAAGUGUCUUCAGUAAACCUGACCGUGACCCCCAACAACUCUUCCUCCUCCUCCUCCUGUAAGCUGACUGUGACCUGCAGCACAGAGGACUCUAGCAUCAGCAGGACCUUCCAGUGUGACAAACAGAACUGCUCUCUGGUGAAAAAACCAAACUUGAAACCUCCAGUCCAAACUUCCUCUAUCAUUCUCUACUUGCAGCAAGACUACAUCAUCUGUAACCAUAGCAACCAAGUGAGCUGGAAACAUGAUAACAAGGAGCUCAAAUCCUACUGCGCGACAGAACAAGUUUCCAUCGUUUCUGCAGCCAAUACAAUUACAGUUGGAGUACGAACAGCGAUAUUGGCUCUGGCUACGGCCUGUACUGUCAUUGUCUACAUAAAAUGUAAAAGAAAAAGCAAUGAAAAUACAGGGAAUGACAUUUCUCAGGAAAUGACCCACGACCUGUGAACUCUGCUGAGACCAAACACACCCCGUCAGAUCCAAGUACAUGCCCGCCAGAGACAGUGUACGCACAGGUUCAAAGACAUGACAACGCCAAAAGAUAAAAACCACAAACAUGAUGUAUUUACAAGACUCAACAUGCACAAAUAGAACCAUUUUAGCACAGCCAAAGUGGUUCUCCAUGCUGGAAGCUUUGCCUGCCUGCUUAGUCUGCAGGGUGGUUGAAGACAACCCUGUUGGUGGUUGUAGUUGCUCGGAAGGUUGGAGAAUCCUGCACCACAGUCUAACUGUCACAAUGUGGACCUCUGUCUGCCCUCAUCCUAGUUUUUACUGUGAGAAUGCCCUCUGUGGUUGUGGAGUGGGGUGUGGACAAAUGCCUAAGAUAAGAAUGUUUCCUCAUCCAGUUCAGCUGUUGUAUAAAGUCAUUAUAUGUAUUUCCAUUAAUUUUUUAUUUUUAUUUUUAUUAAAGAUUAAAACCGGACAUGAGGGUGAGCAUGUGUGGGUGUGUGUACAUUUAUGUGUGAAUAUGAUUGGGUGUGUUUCUACAUUUGAUAGUUUAAUACUUGUGGCUCAAAAGCUUUUGUUUUUAACAUGUAAAAAUGUUACUUUUUAAGAGACAAAGAUGUAAUGCAUGUUGUGCUGUUUUUGGCUAUAAAGAGAAUUUGAUGAUGAA